CACUUGAUUCAAUUAGAGAAGAGAAUUUUACUGCGCAUAGGAGAAGAAAAACGGGCAGAGUAGGGAUAGCGUUGCGUGCGGGAUUGGCGAAACACUUGCUGACAGCCAAUGGCUGUGGAGUGGAGAGACUGUUUUGUAGGGGAAGUGCGCGAAACGAACGCGUUUUUGUCCGUCAAAAUUCUCUUCUCUAUUUGAAUCGAGUGUAGUACAAGUCGUUCGUGGACAUAGCUACGUAGUUGCCAAUGUGCACCGCCUAUGGACAUUGCGCUGGCUUACAGAGUGGAAAGCGAUUACACAUUCUCUUAUGGGUCUGGCCGCUCUUAGUCUUCUCCCUGCUUUAAGUAAGCGUUGGCAAGCGUUUAAAUACAUUUAAAUGGCUGCGAAUCUCUAAUCAACAAUGUCAGAUUUUAACGAAGGAGUAGACGGAAAGUUGGCAUUUAGAAUGCGAAAAGUUAAUCCAGAUCAGUUUCAUACACUUGUAAAAAUGCAUCUGUCCUUUGAAUUGGAUCUUAAUGCAGAGGAUGAUGGUAUUAAUGAAAAAGCACCACUGAAAAAAUGGGGACUUCUGAGUUUUGCUAAGAAAUCCAAGUCCUCUAUUAAUACAGAUAAAACUGAAGGUAUUACAUUGUCUGAAGAUGGUAUAAAGCAGGUGAUGCAGUUAGUAGAAUAUUUGUCUAAAGAACAAAAUAUUGUACAAGAAGGAAUAUUUCGUCGUACUGGAAAAUUGACUAGACAACAGGACCUAAAAACAGCUAUGUCCCAAGGCUUAUCUUUAGAUUUUGGUGAUGGCAGAUUCAGUGUACAUGAUUGUGCUUCUGUGUUGAAAGGAUAUCUAGCAGAAUUAUCAGAACCACUUCUGACUGAUUCACAUUAUCCAGCUCACUGUCAAAUAGCUGAAUUAUGCAGUUUAGAUACAAAAGCAAGUGACGCAAGAUUAUUGAGUUCUUUACAAUUGCUUCUUUUGCUUUUGCCACUUCCUAAUAGAGUUUUGUUGAAAGCUAUUCUUACUUUGUUGAAUAAGACAGCUAGUUAUGAACAUAGCAACAAAAUGAAUAGCAAUACAUUGGCCACUCUAUUUACACCACAUUUAUUAUGUCCGCGGAAAUUGUCACCUGAAGCUUUGCACAUUAAUUCUCAGAAUUUGUCAUGUUUAGUUGCCUUUAUGAUUCGAAAAGGUGUAGAAUUAUUUGAGAUUCCACCAAAAUUAGCUACAGAUAUAAGAGCAUAUUGGAUAGAACAGGAAAGGAAAUUAUUAAGUCCUAAAAAGGCUGAUUUGAAUGAGUCAGUGCCAGAUACAACUAGUACAGCUCACACUGUAUUCAGUUUUGUCGAUCGUAAAUUAACAGCAAAAGCAAAUUCAACACAAGACACACAGGCAGCUUUAGCUCAGCUGUACGCUCAUAUACAAGCUAUGCCAGAAUCAGCUAAGAAGCGACGACUCGUCAAACAAUUCAACAAAGAAAAUGGUCAAGGUACACCUAGGCAUAUAAAACAUUGCAAGACAAAAAGCCUUGGAGACUCCAUCAAGAAACAUAUUUUUCAAAAGAAAAUUUUAGGAUGCAAGAAAUUUGGUGAUAAUACUGAAUGCAAUAUCACUAGAUCGAGCAGCGAAGAAAACAUAUUGUCAAUGAAACUCGAAGACUCAAUGCUUCCUUCAAGAAUGCUUCUUAGUAAAUCAAAUGACGAGCUUAGCACAGAAAAUUGUAAUACAACUGACAAUGAUUUCUUACAUAGUAAGCAUAUCAAUAGUAAUAGCAAUAAUCUUACAAAUGAAGUCUUAAUGAGUUUUGAUGUACAAGAUAAGGUAGAUGAUCGAUCUAUAAAUGUGGGAGAAAAAUCAGAUGAUAAAAAUACACAUCAUAAUACAGAAGACAGCUCAAAUUCAAUGCAAAUCUAUUUGAAUAGAAGUGUACAAAAUAGCAAUGUAAUGAUUAGUGACGAUAGACGUUCUGAUAUUGAUAAAUUAACGCGAACAAUCAAUGAGCCACAUGAUAUAUACUCUACUUGUAAUGUUAUUAAUUGUGGUAAUUUAUCAGUUACUGAUGAUAUUUUUGUACGGCAAAACUCGGAAUCUGUGUUUGCAUCUACUGCAAUGCCAAAUGUACAAAUCACCUCUUCAAAGACUCGUGCAUCAAGUAUCAAAUCGCCUGAAAUUGUUACAAAUGACGAGCCAUAUCCUGGGAGCUCAUGUGCACAUAGUUUACAAUCUCCAAUUAUAAGAAACAGAUUUAAGAACGUGUAUUCUGUUCAUACAUCGACGCCGUCGAGUUUAUUACGACAAAGCUUGGCUACUAAUGAUUAUAUCUCGACUCCUAAUACUAACAACGAUAAAAGCAUGAGUCCUAUUACACAAAGUGCAACAAAAAUGACAAAAGCCAUGCAGGAAACUAUGAUGACUCCACGCUCCAGAAAGCCAGUAAUGAUGGUCUCAACUUCAAAUCUUUGUAAUCUCGUUACUGACAGUAGCUGCAAUGCGCAUAUAUUAAAUUUAGACAUGGUUGGUGCAAUAAAUAACUGCACUUCUAUUUUGGAAGAAUCCCAAACAUAUAAUAGUACGGCGGAUAAUGUAUCUUCUCAUAUAAAAGAGACAGAAAUAAACACAUUAGAUACGCUUACGAAGCAUAAGGAAGCAUGUAUACACAUUGGUAAUUGUUGCUCUUGUACGCAACAAGUACAGCAAAGUUUAAUGUCUCUAACGAGUACAUUUAAAGAAUAUCUGCUUUCGAGAAGUGUAUUAACUGCGAGUCCCGUUGAUCUUAGUUUUACGUCGCGGACAGGCGACUUUGAGCAGUCAGAAUCCGACCUAAAUAUUUUCAAUGAUGAUACAGUGUCUGACAGUUUGUUACAUUGCUUGAAUGGUAACCAACCGGAGUCUGAUACUUCUGGCAUAGCAUCCGUCAGCACAAAUAGUACAAAUUCCACGGAAAAAAUUGAAAUUUUUUCUCCGAGAAAACGAGGAACCAGUUUACAACGAAAUGACUCGAAAAGAUCUGCUAAAGAUAGUUUAGUGAAGAGCUCAAGAGACAAAGAAUUGAAACAUGGACGAAAUGAAUCAACAUUAAGGCAUAUAAACAUGCAGGACAGUUUUCAGGAGACAUCGUUUUAAUUUAUUAAGAUUCGGUAAUAUUAUAAAUAUCGUAUGUUAUUGAAUAGAUUUUCUUUAAAAUUUAAACAGUUGCUAGAUACUUGUAGUCAUAAUAUAACAUUAGAAGCAAAAAACCGUAUAUAAAUGAAUAUUGAUCAUGUACUUUUAUACAUCAAAAUAAGUGUUUUAUAUAUUGUCACAAUAUUCGAAAAUAUAUAUUGGUAAAUUGUA